AUGCCUCUCUUCGGUGAAGCCCCUUAUACUUCAAUUACCGUUAAAAUUGACCAAUUGUCAACACCAGGGAGAAAUAAUGAAAUUGAUGAGACUAUUGAGCUCUAUCUUUCUGAUUUACUUGAAUUGAUUAGAACUCAAUCACACAGGGGUUCGGUUGAAGCAGCUAGGGCAAUUAGGAAAAGGAUAAAAUAUGGUACAAUGGUUGAAGAGCAAUUACGAGCUUUGAAGAUUUUGGAACUAUUGAUUUUGAAUUCAGGCAACAAGAUUGGCCCAGACAUUGCUAGCGAUACAAAGCUACUUCAACUUCUUCGAAGCAUACUUAAUGGUUCGUCUGUAUCAGGCUCUGGUUCUAAUUAUAAUCAUGAAGUUGUUAACAGAGUCAAAUCGUUGGCAAUAGGUUGGAAGUUUGAGUUAGAGGGUUUAGACGGUUAUAGUGAACUAGGCAACUUAUGGAAAUCUAUUCCUGGAGCAAAAGCAAUGAAGAAAAACUCUCAUUCUAGAGCAAGGUCAUCAAAUAGCAAUGUGUUCGAGUCUCCCCUUGAUACACAACCAAAAAAAGCUACACCGCAACUGCUGCCGAAGGUUGGGACACCUCCCAGUCGCGUUGGUUCAUCUUCUGCCAAUUUCGAAAAGGAAAGUAAUGAUGAUUAUAGGAAGCAAAAGAAGAAAAAAAAGCGAAGAGGAACCAAAAAGGGUCCUAGUCGCUAUGCAGAUGACCAGUUCCAAAUCCCCCAAAUUAAUUAUAAAGUAGAGGCUGCAAAAAUCAAAACAUUGAUAGCUGACUGUCACACACAUACCACCAUUCUUGACAACAUUCUUUUAACUCUACCUAAAGAUCAAUCUCCAUUAGAUAAUAAGAAAGCAGCACAGGAAUUUAACAUUUGCAGAAAAAUCAGACGAAAAGUGUUGAGGUACUUGCAAUAUGUAGGCGUGGGUGAUCCAAGCUCUAAAAGCAAGGAAGUCCGUACCAUGGAUGAAGAGUUUCUAGGUAGUUUGAUCACGGCGAAUGAACAAUUGGUCAAUGUUUUUAAGCACUUUGAUACAAAGUGUGGAUAUAACGAGGAGAAUCUUGCUCCCAAUUAUGAUGAAAUGUCCGAUAGCGACGAAAGCUACUACACCGAAUCGAGCACAGAUAAUGAAGAAGAGCUGACGUCAGAAAGAUUACAAAACGUAGUAUUAAGUCCGAAGACUCCACCACCAAGGCCUGCAAAACCUGCCACACUUGUUAAUCCAUCGAUUCAGAAACUUUCGAAGAACAAAUCUAAUGAUACCAUUUCAAGUGAUCCAUUUGGAGACGGCAAUGAAGUCGCUGCAGAACAGUCUGUUUAUGAUUAA